AUGAGUAUUUCCUUGGAAAAUAUUUUAGGUCUUAAAGUGAAGAUUACAAAUGUUUUGGACAAUGUAACUCAAGGGAAAGUGUAUUCUUUCAACUCAAGUAAUAACACUAUAACCCUUAUAGUCAGCCGGAAGAACAAAACGCAUACAUUUAAAAUCAUAAAGACAUCUUUCAUCAAGCAUUUGGAGUUGGUUGGGGAGAAGCAUAACCCGUCUAGUUUCAAGAAAGAUCAAAUUAAGCCAUCAUAUGUGAACAUCGAUCGUGUUCAAAACAGAUUGCAUCAUUCUAUAGAGGAAGCCAAGAGUAAAGAGAAACUAAUUGGCAAAAACGUUACAUAUGAGGGUCAAUUCAUAUUUGAUUUGAUUAAUAAGACGAUAUCAGACACUAGAUGGAAGGGCAAAUCCAUAAUUGUAUUGGAUGAAUUGGAAAUUGCACCACCAUAUCAGAUUAAAAAUGUGAAGCCAGUACCAGGAAAAAAGGACGUCAAGUCAAAAGACCUGAUAGAGAAGAUUGUCCACACAGCUUGGAACAGACUUGAGAAUGAAAGAAAAGGUGGAUAA